ACUCCUCACCAACAUGUGUGCGUGACAGGGACCCGCGAGGCAGCCUUCGUGUACGCCAUCUCAGCAGCCAGCGUGGCGUUCGCGGUGACGCGGGGCCUGCAGCAGGGGGAGCUGGAGAAAUGCGGCUGCGACCGCAACGUCCAUGGAGUUAGUCCAGAGGGGUUCCAGUGGUCGGGCUGCAGUGACAACAUCGCCUAUGGGGUGGCCUUCUCCCAGUCCUUUGUAGACGUGAGAGAGAGGAGCAAAGGCCAGUCCUCCAGUAGAGCCCUCAUGAACCUCCACAAUAACGAGGCCGGGAGAAAGGCGAUCCUGUCCCACAUGCGUGUGGAGUGUAAGUGCCACGGCGUGUCGGGCUCCUGCGAGGUGAAGACCUGCUGGAAGGCCAUGCCGCCCUUCCGCAGGGUGGGCAACGUCAUCAAGGAGAAGUUCGACGGAGCCACCGAGGUGGAGCUGCGCAAGGUGGGCACCACCAAGGUGCUGGUGCCCCAAACUCCUCAGUUCAAGCCCCACACCGACGAGGACCUGGUCUACCUGGAUCCCAGCCCCGACUUCUGCGACCACGACCCGCGCACCCCCGGGCAUGCUGGGCGGCGGGGGCGGCAGUGCAACCGCACGUCCAAGGCCAUCGACGGCUGCGAGCUGAUGUGCGCGGGGCGGGGCUUCCAGACGGAGGAGGUGGAGGUGGUGGACAGGUGUAGCUGUAAGUUCCACUGGUGCUGCUACGUCAAGUGCAAACAGUGCCGCAAGAUGGUGGAGAUGCACACCUGUCGGUGAUCCAGACUGAGGACCGGACAAACAAACUCCUUUUAUGUGUGUGUGUGUGUGUGUGGGAGGGAGGGAGGGGACCCCCCCACGCCCCCCACCCCCCACCCCCACCACUGGACACUAUAAACAGACAGAGAGACAGACAGGCAUGGGGACCUGCCCUCACAGUCAAUAUGAGGAGAAAAGGAGAACAGGACAGGUGCAAAGGAAAUGAGAUAUGGAGCCAAAACGUACUUUUCACGUCCCAAACUAAGUCUGUCUCCUUUGGCCCUCACGCUCUCAGUUGACUUUCCUAGCUGUGGUUGCUUUGUUUUUUUUGUUAGGUUUUUUUUAACUUAUUGAUGUUGCUGAGACGGAGGUUUUGAGCUGGGUGUGAGAGGAUGAGAGAG